GCUGGGGCCGGCGGGGUCGGUAGUCGUCAUGGAGUACCCGUGGGAUGAUCUGACUCUGGCCUUCUCCCGCACGUCCAUGUUUCCCUUUUUUGACAUCGCCCACUACCUGGUGUCGGUGAUGGCGCUGAAGCAGCGGCCAGGAGCGGUGGCCGCGGCCUGGAGCAACCCCCUGUCCAGCUGGUUGAGUGCUAUGCUGCAUUGCUUUGGGGGAGGAAUUUUGUCGUGUAUACUGCUUGCAGAGCCUCCACUGAAGUUCCUUACAAACCACACUAAUAUUUUACUGGCAUCUUCAAUCUGGUAUAUUGUAUUCUUUUGCCCACGUGACCUAGUUUCCCAGGGCUACUCAUAUCAACCUAUUCAGCUCCUGGCUGCGGGAAUGAAGGAAGUGACCAGAACUUGGAAAAUAGUAGGUGGAGUCGCGCAUGCUAAUGGCUAUUACAGGAAUGGCUGGAUAGUCAUGAUAGCUGUUGGAUGGGCCCGAGGUGCAGGUGGUGCUAUCAUCACAGCUUGUGAGCAGUUGUUAAAAGGAGACUGGAAACCAGAAGGUGAUGAAUGGCUGAAGAUGUCCUUCCCUUGCAAGGUAACCCUGCUGGGGUCAAUUAUGUUCACUUUCCAGCACACCAGGCAUCUGGCAAUAUCAAAGCAUGAUCUCAUGUUCCUUUACACCAUCUUCCUCGUGACCAUAAAGGUGACCAUGAUGAUGACGAAGGAUGCUGCUGUGACUCUCACGCCCUUCGAGGACACCUUGACUCGGAUGCUGUUUGGCCGGCAGCAGCAGCAGUUUUCGUUGAGUGAAAAGAAAGCUGAAGUCAAACCGUCUUCCAAUGGUUCUGCCUCCUCAGCGUCCAAGCGGGGCACAGAGCCUCCAAGUAGUGCUAAGAGACACGCCAAGAAAGAAGACUGAGGAUUGUCCCUGAGCUCCAGAGGCAAAAAGAAAGAGUUACUUAUCUCUCAGAGUGUGGUCUAGUUCUAUGUAAAUGAUGUGAAAUAAGGCUUAUCUGUAGGGAUGGAGGAGACAAAAGGAGAAGCGCUUUGUUUCAGGGACACCGCUCGCUCUGCUGAUCUAACUCUUGGGGUCACGAGUGUAUCAUGUGAAUUUUUCUGGUGUAAGAGAUUCUCAUAAUUAUUUGAAUAGUUUUAUAUUGAUAAAAGAAUACUUUUUUAAAUGUUAGAAAAGUUCACUUGUUACUAAAAAAUUAUAAGAAUUUAACACAAAAAAUUCAGUAUUUUUUUUUACUUUUUGAAUGACUAUAAUUGUGUUUUAAUUCUGCAGAAUUAAACUUUUACUUCAUAUUUCCAAUAUAAUUCCUGUAUAUAGAAGACAAUUCCUAUUUAAUUUUGAACAUGGAGAACUUUUCCUAAAUACUUUUUGACCUAAAAUAAACAAAUAGUGUAUAUUUGGUGUAUACAUUUGUUUUAUAUAUCUUACACACAUUAAAAAUACCCAAAAUAUAAUUUAUUUUAUUUUCAAGUAUUAUUUUUCAUUGAGGUUGCAAUGUUAAUAUGAGUCUCAGUUUGAAGUUCGUUUCAUGCCCUUGUUUUAAAAACUACUUUUUCCUCAGAAAACUAGGGUUACAAUUUGUGAGUAUCUUUUUCUUUUUGCAACAGCAAUCUCACUCUGUAGCCCAGGCUGGCCUCAGACCUCCUACCUCGGCUUCCCAAGUGCUGGGCCACCAUGCCAGGUUGGGACGCAGUUUCUAUUGUUAAUAAUCCUGUGUUUGGAGCCUGGGUGGUUUUGUGUCUGUCCUUACCCCGUUUCAACAGCUGGAGAGAUUCUUCACACGUUGAAUGUUCCCCCUGACUCGGUCUGUCUGAAUAUGCUGGUGGCAUGUGUCUGCGACUCAAGAAGAAGCCCCGUCGUGGCUGAAAGUGUGUCCCGUACCUCUGUUCCGGUGAUCACUGCUUCACGAGUUUAUUUGACUGUCUCUUGUGAGUUUGCAGUUUGGUAUCUCUACUUAAUAGACGUGUGUAUAUUUCUAGUUGUAUUGGAAAUGAAAGCUGUUUUCCUGCAAAAACGCUCAGCUCUCAUGAGGACUGUCGUCCCACAAUUGACGUGAACCACAGAACCUAACAUCACGAGGUAGACUACUGGAGUGAAGCAGUACAACGUUAAGUCUGCCGACUAGUUGACCAAAAGCAAACAAGCAGACAUACUAAAUGAUAGGUUUUAUUUGCUUUAUUUGGUACAUACAAGUCGUGUUAUAACAUUCAUAUUCUGUGGUGUGACUUUCAUACCAAGAAUGUGAGCUGUCUGUGUUAGGCAUGUUUGCUUGGUUAAGCACUUAAAUGACAUCCAAUAUAUAAAGUUUUCCUUUUUUCCCCUUUUUCCUUUUUUUUUUGUUUUGUUUUGUUUUGUUUUUCAAGACAGGGUUUCUCUGUGUAAUAGCACUGAUGGUUUCCGUUUUAAUUUUUAACACACAUGCACAAUAGCAGGUAGUUUUACUUGAUUAAGAAAAAGAUUUUGAGUGGGGCACUUUUGAUAACUUUGAGAAAAUUGCUUAUUUUUGAUAUUGUGACAAAAAGCACUAAAUUGCAUUCUCUAUUAUAUUUGAUAAUCUGUAGUUAAAAACUUUGCAAAAUUCGUAUGUUAUUGGUCUGAAGUUGUAGUUGUCGUUAAAAUGGUAAGAAUCUUGUUUUUCAUUUGUGUUAAAAACAAAUUCAUUAAACUAAGUACUUUAGUA